GUGUGGCCUUAUAUGUAAAUAUCAAGCCAUUCUUACGUUUUCACGUUUCGAGUGACUAUGAGCUUCCUAAUAUUAAUAUGAUGGUGUAGUGGAUUGUAGCGAUGAGAUUCGCAGAUAUAAUCCUGGAUUUGGCGGCCGUGGCCAAAGCCUCCCGGUCUGUAACUUCGAGGCACUUGGAUUUGCGCGCCAGACAAAUUGAUCGCUACAGCCAGACUUCGAGCAUUAUCAGGUCGUUACGCGACGAUAAAAGCAGCACUCAAGGGAAUUGCGACCCAACAUCUACAGCAUCUGCGAAUGAUGCGACGAACAAAGGUCUUGAAGAGCUGACGCACAAUGAAGCAUCAUUGCAGUCUGAUUCGACCAGCGGCAAAAAUCCAAAUACCAAAACUUCCAUCAUAUCUGAAGGGAUAUCUAGUGAUCCUGAUUCAAAGGCUUACCAAUCUAUCUUCCAACGUAGAUCCACUCUGGCAGAUGCAGCAGCUCAGCAACCUACAGCGCUUCGGCCUGACCAGAGCGCCAUACUCGCACAGCUGAGGGAAAAGGCAAAUUCGAAUUCGCAGAACUAUGCGGAGUUGGGAUUAGGUCAAGCAAAAAAUGUGCAGGAAGAGGUUCCCUCUGGCAUCAACAUUAACGUCUUCCAUACGAGCCGGGGUUCUCAAAUGCUAGAUGGACAAGAAGCUGCAUUGGGACAGCUUCGACCUAAAGUGCCGCUCACAAAGCCCAGCUGGUUCAAAGACUUUGGACAUGAUGCGCCGAAGGCACUCAGAGAACAGCAUGGCGGGAAGCCGCUUCCAACUAUUUCCAAGACCUCAGGGUCGGGGGUAUCUCCAGUCGAGCAGAGUGCUGCAGCUGCAGAUGUGGCUAUUGCGAGCCCGCAGCGAGGAGAAUUACCAAACCCGCCGAUGGAAAAGAAACUUAUACCCUCGCUUUCGCUAAAUACGGACCUAUCACCAGACACAGCUAGGCGGGAAACAACUACUCGGCCUCCGGAAAAUCAUAUAUCAAGUUUCCAAGAAACUAAUGGUCGACAAAUAGAGAGAGAGAAUACCGAAACAGUUAAAGAAAUCCUUUCGCGAGGAGGACUCGAUAAAAAGGAUCAAGAAAUCCCUAUCCAGUCCUUGCAUGAAGAGCCUCCUUCACCAGUACAUGCUCUUCGAGAAUCCAAAGUACCGGCAACUCGUCUGGGUCGCAUAUGGAACUAUGGCGGUCUCGCAGCUGGUAUGUUGGGGGGAGCAUUAACCGAAGGGCUUAGCAGAGGAUUUGGUGGCGGUGGACAAGGUUCCAUCAUGUUCAGCGCUGGCAACAUGGAGAGAUUGGUGGCAAAACUUUCAAGGAUGAGGGGAGCCGCUUUGAAGCUUGGCCAGAUGAUGAGCUUCCAAGACUCCAAAAUGUUACCAGAGCCAAUUCGAGAAGUCCUACAACGUGUCCAAGACCGAGCAGACUAUAUGCCUGCGCGGCAGCGAGACCGCGUACUUACGGCGAGUCUGGGGUCCGAGUGGCGCGACUUGUUUAAAGAAUUCGAGGAGACUCCUAUUGCCGCAGCUUCUAUUGGACAGGUCCAUCGCGCCACUCUGAAAACGGGCGAGAAGGUAGCCGUGAAGAUUCAGUUCCCAGGUGUCGCGGACUCGAUCAACUCAGAUCUGGAUAACAUCUCUAUGCUCCUGAUGGCGUCGGGGAUGUUACCCAAAGGUCUCUACCUCAACAAGACGAUCGACAACAUGCGCACCGAACUCGGCUGGGAAUGCGACUACGAGCGCGAGCUUGAGUGCGGGAAGCGAUACAAGGAGCUUCUUGCGGACGAAGGCGAUGUGUUCGCCGUGCCGGAGAUCUACGCGCGCGCCUCCGGGAAGCACGUGCUGACGAUGCAGUUCAUGGAGGGUGUAGGCGUAACGCGCGUCAAAUCGUUUACUCAAGCACAGCGUGACUGGAUUGGCACGCAGAUCCUGCGGCUCUGUCUGCGCGAGAUCAUCGAAUUCCACUUCAUGCAGACGGAUCCUAAUUGGACCAACUUCUUGUAUAAUGCGGCCACUAACAAGCUCGAAUUGCUCGACUUUGGCGCCUCCCGCGAAUUCCCCGUGCUCUUCGUAUCGCAGUACGUCUCGUUAUUGGCGGCCGCGGCACGCCGUGAUCGCGAUGCUGUGAUCGACUACUCGCAGCGUCUGGGGUACCUCACGGGCCACGAGAGCCGCAUCAUGCUAGACGCCCACGUAGCCAGUAUACUGACGCUCGCGGAGCCAUUCCUGCAAUCUGCGCCAGUGGUCUAUGACUUCUCGGACCAAACCAUCACGGAGCGCGUCAGAGAUCUGAUCCCCGUUAUGAUGCGCGAGCGCCUCACACCCCCACCCGAGGAGACGUACAGUCUGCACCGGAAGCUCAGCGGUGCGUUUCUGCUUUGCGCUCGGCUUGGAAGUCGUGUGAAGUGCCGCGAGUUAUUUGAGACCGCCCUUGAAAAGGCUGAUUUUGAAGAUGCUCAGAAGUGAGUAUUGC